AUGCUUACCAACACCACCACUAUACCUCAACAACAGCCAUCGUACAUCGAUGCAUCAUCAUCACCACAGUUAUAUUCUUCUAAUUCUUCAUCAAUUAUUAUAUUGAUAGUUAUAAUCGCAUCCUCCAUUAUUGUCUCGGCGUUCAUUUACCUCCUUCGCUUCUUAUCCAAGCGACUACAUCGGUCAUCCCGACACACCUUCUCCACUGUCGCCGAUGGCGUAAACCUACGACGUAACUUCAGUACUGCUUCAUAUAAUACAAACUUGAUUGAUCCUCUUCCACUCUUUACCCUUCGAUCAGUGACUGAGAACCUCGUCGGCGGAGAUCGUAACGUGUGUUUAUUGAAGUUCAAGCUGAUUGAUCGACUCCGUUUACUGCCGCUUUGUUAUCACGCUUUCCACGUGGGGUGUAUUGAUACGUGGCUCGUCACAAAUCAAACUUGUCCUCUCUGUCGCUCCACAGUGAUUCCCUCAUACUCGAAUGUACUGGAUAAAAUCCACUCUGUUAAAAAUUAA